AAUCUUGCUACGAUAUAUUCUGCAAUAUGGGAAGAUGGUCCAUUACUUUAUUCUGAAAAGAAAUGGACGAGAGAAUCAAAUAAAAAAGUUUCUUUGAAAUUAUAUUACUUACAAAAUACUGAUGAAUUCCUAAAUGAGGUUGAAAAAUAUCUAUCAGAUGAUGAUAAUCGAGUAUAUGGAAUUUCUCAAAUUCAAGAUAUAAAAUAUUAUAUUAUUGUUUUUAAAUAUAAAUUAUGUUGUGAAAGGUGUGGUGAAGAAUAUAAAGAAAAUAAUAUUAGAGUUGAAUGGUGUAGAAAAUGUCAAUUAGAUAAUCUAAAAUUAAAUUUUAAAAACUGGACCAGUAAAAAUGACAAAUUGAUAAUUUGAUUCAAAAUAUGCAAUUGAAUAUUAAUAGUAAAUGGGAUAUAAUAUUUGAAUGGAUACCAUACGAUCAAUUUUAUGAUAUUAAAAAAGUAAAUGAUGAUUUGACUAAUAAAAUACAUUUAGCAAUAUGGAAGAAUGACUUUUUAUAUUAUGAUGAUCUUUAUAGUAAAGAAAAUGUGAGAAGACUAAAAUUAAAAGUUACUUUAAAGUAUUCACAAAAUAUCACUGAUGAGGUUGAAGAAUAUUCGAUUGGUAAAAAAUAUGGAAUAUCUCAAGAUCCUAUUACGAAAGAUUAUAUUUUGGUUUAUGAAAAUAAAUAUUAUUGUGAAAAAUGUGAUAAUGAAUAUACAAAUACAAAUUUUAAAUGGUGUAAAUCAUGUCAAAUAAAUGAUUUAAGAAAUAAUUUUACAAAUUGGACUAGUGGAAAUAUACAAAUUGAUAAUUUAAUACAAGAUAUACAAUUAAACCUUAAUGAUCCGGGUGAUACAAUAUUUGAAUGGAUACCAUAUAACCAGUUUAAUAAUAUUAAAGAAAUAGGUAAAGGUGGGUUUGCCACAAUAUAUUCAGCAAUAUGGAAUAAAGGACCAUUAUCUUAUAAUAAAUAUGAAUAUAUAAGAACUCCGAAACAAAUUGCUUUAAAACAAUUAUAUGGUUCACAAAAUAUUACUAUUGGAUUUUUAAAUGAGAUUAAAGGAUAUUCUAUUAAUGAAUCUGAUAGAAUUCUUUCAAUAUACGGAAUAUCUCAAAAUCCUGAUACAAAUAAUUAUAUUAUGGUUCUUGAUUAUGCAGAAGGCGGAAGUUUAUAUAACUGGAUAAAUAAACAUUAUAAAAAUCUUAACUGGUCACAUAAUAUAGAAAUAUUAAUAUGUAUUAUAAAGGGUCUUGAAGAAAUUCAUGAAAGACAAAUGGUUCAUCGUGAUUUUCAUACAGGAAAUAUAUUAUCAAUGUAUGCUUUUUUAGAAGAUUAUAGUUCAAUGUGUAUAGCAGAUAUGGGAUUAUGUGAAAGAGUUGAUAAUACGGAUGAAGAAAAUAUUUAUGGAGUUAUGCCUUAUGUAGCACCUGAAGUGUUGAGAGGACGACCUUACACUCAAGCAGCAGAUAUAUAUAGUUUUGGUAUGAUUAUGUAUUUUAUAGCAACUAGCAGACAGCCUUUUUCCUAUUGUGCACAUGAUGAAAAUCUAGCAUUGGAUAUCUGUGAGGGAAUUAGACCUAAAAUGAAUGAACUAGAAGUACCAGAAUGUUAUGUAGACUUAAUGAAGAAGUGUUGGAAUUUAAAUCCAGAUAAUAGACCAAAAGCAACUGAAAUAGCAGAAUCGAUUCAUUUAUUUCAUGAAUCAUAUGUACCAAAUUCACAUUUGUUAACCGAAGAAAAAAACCAACAACAUUAUGAUAUUGAAAAGCAAUUUAAAAAAGCGGAAGAGUACAAAGAAUCAAAUACCAUACUUUUAGAGGAAAGAAGACAAUCACCCACUCAUCCACAAGCUGUUUAUACAUCACAACUACUUAAUUCCUAUACAAAUGAUCUUCCGAAAUAUUCUGAAUGUUUAGAAUGUGAAAUAUAAUAUUACUCUAUUUAUUAUUGAAAAAGAUGCAAAUAGUUAUAUUUAAAAACAUUUGUCGUUAAAGAACAUUUAAAAGCUCUAUUAUAUUGAUUCGUUCAACACCGAUUAUAGAGUAUGUGUGAACUUUCCUUCGCAUAAAUAAAAUCAGUUUGUAAUUGAACAAAUAGCUUUUUACGAAUAAAAUCAAUUUUAUGAUUUAAAUUUUCCAAUUUACUAUGAUAUUAAUAUUAUGAACUACUAUAUGAACUAGGGAACGCAAAUCGUUCAGGUCC